AUGUGGCCUUCGAAAUAUUCAUUCAAUUGGAAUGCGAUGGAUGUUGGUCCUAAACGAGAUUUACUCGGUGAUCUUGCUAAUGCAAUUCGUAGUCGAACUAAUAUCGCUUUUGGUUUAUAUCAUGCAAUGUCUGAAUGGUUUCAUCCAUUGUACCUUGAGGAUAAACAGAAUGAUUUUAAGACACGAUUAUUUCCUGAUGUUGUCAAUGAUCGAUGGGGUAGUGGAAUACCUUGCAAUCAUGGAGGUUAUUAUACUUGUAGUGAUCGUUAUCAUCCAGGACAUCUAGUUACACAUAAAUGGGAAAAUUGUUUUACUAUCGACAAAAAUUCAUGGGGUUUCAUCCGUACAUCGGGCAUUAAUGACUAUCUUACUAUACAAGAAAUUCUUAGUGAAAUUAUUACCACUGUCAGUACGGGAGGCAAUGUAUUAAUCAAUGUCGGACCAACAUCAUAUGGAAAACUGGUACCCAUAUUCGAAGAACGUCUUCGUCAAAUGGGUUCAUGGUUGAAAGUCAAUGGUGAAGCUAUCUAUAAUAGUAUUCCAUGGAAAUAUCAAAAUGAUACAACCAAUCCAUAUGUUUGGUAUACAUCAUCGAAAGAUAAACAAAAUGUAUAUGCAUCUCUACUUGAUUGGCCAAACAAUACAACUGAAAUCGUACUUAGUGCACCAGUUAGUUCAUCAAGCACAAUUGUGACACUUCUUGGUUCGGAUAUUGGUCCAUUAAAAUGGCGUCCAGCUAGUGCAACUAGUGGUAUUGUUAUUGACGUAUCCAAUAUAAAAAUCUAUUCCCUUGCAAGUGAUUGA